AUGGACGGCGAGCCAGUGACCAAGCGACGACGCACGACGCCGCCCGUCUCGCAGGGCGAACCCGCGACCGUCGCAGGCGAGCCCACCGCCGACGCCAACCUCGCGACCCAGCAGGACAUCCCCGACGAGGACCAUGCAGCGCCACCGUCGAGUGCAGCAGGCGCUCACGCAAAGCCACUGUCCGCACUCUUCCAGGCCAAGACACCCAGCCCGAAGAAGAAGAAGCGCACCGUCGACCUCCGUCAGGCGGGGAGGAUUGGCGAGGACGACAAGGAGAACUUCACGGCGCUCCUCGCCAGGCUGAACAAGGAGACGCCACAGGAAGAGGCAGAAAAGUGGGGCAGGCCAGAUGCGCCAAAGCUGAACCCGCAGCGCGACGGUCUCGUUUUCCAGCAAAUCGACAUCGAGGAGUUCUCGGCGGGAGGCGGCGCUCCUACGAUCAGGGCGUUUGGCGUGACCAAGAAUGGCAACUCGGUUCUGCUACACGUCAAGGGUUUCCUCCCCUACUUCUGGGUCUCGGCGCCGCGCGGCUUCACCAACAGCGACUGCCUCCCCUUCAUGGAGCACCUCAAUGCCGCCCACUUCAACGGCAUCCGCCCUGUCAAGGCCGUCUCGCUCGCCAACAAGCGUUCGCUCUGGGGCUACAAGGGCGACGCCGUCUCUCCCUUCAUCAAGAUCACCGUCAUGGAUACGAAGCAGUACCCCAAGGUCCGCAACGCUUUCGAAAGGGGCGAAGUCCAGUACAAGGAUUUCUUCGACGGGACGGCGUUGAUGACCUACGAGAGCAACAUCGCCUACACCCUUCGCUUCAUGAUCGAUCACCACAUCGUCGGCAUGAACUGGCUGGAGUUGAAGCCGGGAACGUACGAGCGCGCCAAGAACCCCGUCUCGAACUGCCAGUACGAGAUCGAGUGCCAACACGACCAGCUCAUCUCGCAUCCGGCCGAAGGCGAAUGGUCCGGCAUCGCUCCUCUCCGCAUCCUCUCGUUCGAUAUCGAGUGCGCCGGUCGGAAGGGUAUCUUCCCCGAGCCCGAGAUCGACCCGGUCAUCCAGAUCGCCAACAUGGUGACGCGACAAGGCGAAUCGAAGCCCUUCAUCCGCAACGUCUUCACACUCAACACCUGCUCGCACAUCGUCGGCUCGGACGUCCUCGAAUUCAAGAAGGAAGCAGACCUCCUCUCAAAAUGGCGCAAGUUCGUUGAGGAGGUCGACCCGGACUUGAUCAUCGGCUACAACACCAGCCAGUUCGAUUUCCCGUACCUCAUGGACCGCGCGAAGGCGCUCAAGGUGUCGGACUUCCCGUACUUCAGUCGGCUCAAGGGCGUGAAGACCGAAGUCAAGGACACGCAUUUCUCGUCAAAGGCCUACGGCACCCGCGAUUCGAAGGAGACGAGCAUGGACGGCCGCCUCCAGCUCGAUAUCCUCCAGGUCAUGCAGCGCGACUACAAGCUGCGCUCGUACACGCUCAACUCGGUUUGCGCGCAUUUCCUUGGCGAACAGAAGGAAGACGUGCACCACUCGGUCAUCACGGACCUGCAGAACGGUACCGCCGAGUCUCGUCGCCGUCUCGCCGUCUACUGCUUGAAGGACGCCUACCUCCCGCAACGAUUGAUGGACAAGCUCAUGUGCUUCAUCAACUACACCGAGAUGGCGCGUGUCACCGGCAUCCCCUUCAACUACCUCCUCUCGCGCGGCCAGCAGAUCAAGGUCAUCUCGCAGCUGUACCGCCAAGCGCUCAAGACGGGCUACGUGAUCCCCGCGCUCAAGCAGGAAGGGUCCGACGAGCAGUACGAGGGAGCGACCGUCCUCGAACCGGAGCAAGGCUACUACGACGUUCCCAUUGCGACGCUCGAUUUCGCCUCGCUUUACCCCUCCAUCAUGCAGGCGCACAAUCUCUGCUACACGACACUCCUCGACGUCAAGAUCGCUCAGGCGCUCAACCUCAAGGAGGGCGAGGACUUUGUCCGCACGCCUAACGGAGACCUGUUCGUCAAGGCGCACAGGCGGAAAGGACUCCUGCCGACGAUUCUCGAGGACCUCCUCGCCGCCCGUAAGCGUGCUCGUGCAGAGCUCAAGCAGGAAAAGGACCCGUUCAAGCGUGCCGUCUUGGACGGUCGUCAGCUCGCUUUGAAGGUGUCCGCCAACUCCGUUUACGGAUUCACCGGUGCGACGAUCGGCAAGCUCCCUUGCCUGCCCAUCUCGAUGUCGGUCACGGCGUACGGUCGCGAGAUGAUCGACCAGACGAAGGAGGUCGUGCAAUCGACAUACAACACGGCGAACGGUUACGACUACGACGCCAAGGUCAUCUACGGCGACACCGAUUCCGUCAUGGUCCGCUUCGGCUGCCCCGACCUCGAGACGGCGAUGAAGCUGGGUGCCGAAGCAGCGGACUUCGUCACCUCCAAGUUCAUCAAGCCCAUCAAGCUUGAGUUCGAGAAGGUCUACUACCCGUAUCUACUCAUCAGCAAGAAGCGCUACGCUGGGCUGUACUGGACGAAGCCGGAGAAGUACGACAAGAUGGACACGAAGGGUAUCGAGACCGUCCGCCGCGACAACUGCCGCCUCGUCGUCACCGUUAUCGAUACCUGCCUGCGCAAGAUGCUCAUCGAGCGAGACGUGCGGGGAGCCGAAGACUACGCCAAGCAGGUCAUCUCGGAUCUCUUGCAGAACAAGGUCGACCUGUCGCAGCUCGUCAUCACGAAGGCUCUCGCCAAAGCUGACUACGCCGCGAAGCAAGCGCACGUCGAGCUCGCUGAGCGGAUGAAGAAGCGCGAUGCUGGUUCUGCACCGGCAAUGGGUGACCGUGUGGCCUACGUGAUCAUCAAGGGCACGAAGGACGCGCGCGCCUACGAGAAGUCCGAAGACCCGCUAUACGUGCUCGAGAACAACAUCCCGAUCGACACGAAGUACUAUCUCGACAACCAGCUCUCGAAGCCGCUUAUGCGUAUCUUCGAGCCGAUCUUGGGCGAGAAGGCGAGCUCGCUGCUCGCCGGCGACCACACCCGCACUGUCUCGAUCGUCGCACCGACUGUCGGCGGCCUCAUGAAGUUCGCCGUCAAGACCGUCACCUGCCUCGGCUGCCGCACGCCUCUCAAGCCGAACUCGCUCAACCAAGCCGUCUGCAACAACUGCCGCCCUCGAACGGCCGAGUUGCACGCCAAGCAAGUCUCCAUUGCCGCACAAGCAGAAACGGCCUACGCUCGUCUGUGGACGCAGUGCCAACGCUGCCAGGGCUCGCUGCAUCAGGACGUCUUGUGCACGUCGAAAGACUGCCCGAUCUUCUACAUGCGCAAGAAGGCACAGAAAGAGGCUGUCGACGCCGUCGGAACGCUCAAGCGUUUCGACGGAGAGUGGUGA